AGCAGUAUAUAAUCCGUCACAGUGCAGCUCCGAGCGGCAGCCAGCCGGACGGUGGUAUCGCACAUGUACGGAAGAAACAGAGUAAAGCGAGGAAACCGGAGGAAACCGGAGGAAACCGGAGGAAACCGGAGCUGUGCCAUGAGAGACUGAAGAUAGAAGAAGAAGAAGAAAGCGACUCGUUUGUUCUUGGUGUGUUCCUGAGAGCUGCAACAGCAGGAGGACCCGCAUCACCAGGAAACAUAUCUUCAAAAUGGAUCUUCAUGAUAAAGAAAUUAUCCCUGGAGAGAUUUUGCCUGUGGUGAUCAUCGGUAACGGCCCAUCGGGCAUCUGUCUGUCAUACCUGUUGUCAGGUUACACCCCCUACCUGUCACCUGAGGCAUCGCACCCCAACCCCCUGCUGCACAGCAAGCUGGGAGAGCAGCCUCACCUGUCGCUGCUGGAGCAGGAUCUCGAGUACCUGUGCGAGGGCUUGGAGGGGCGAUCGUCCAAUCCCGUGGCCGUGCUCUUUGAUUCGCUGCUGCUCCCCGACAGUGACUUCGGAUUGGACCACACGUCUCCGUUGGAAUGGCGAUACGAGCCGGAGCGCGCCGUCCCUCAUCUGGUGCUGGGGAAGGGUCCGCCUGGAGGAGCCUGGCAUGCUAUGGAGGGCUCCAUGCUAACCCUGAGCCUGGCUAACUGGAUGGAGCUUCCCGGACUCAAACUAAAGGACUGGAUGAGAGAGAAACGCAGGAAUGUUCGAAAUGACCGUGCCACACCAGCAGAGAUAGCCUCCUACUACCAGCACUACGUUUCCCAGAUGUCCCUGGAGCAGAGCUUUGCCUGUGGAACCACCGUCACCUCGGUAACCAGACAGCCUGGCAACCAGGAGGGGUCGCUGUCCUGCUGGAGAGUGACUGGACUGCAGCGCAGAGAGGGGGAAGAGCUGGGAGAUGGUUCUGCUGUGUCAGAGGAGGUCCCUUUCUCCCUGUUGGCCCACAACGUGGUGUUGGCGACGGGGACCCACGACAUCCCGGCCAGGCUCGGCGUGGAAGGCGAGUCCCUGCCCCACGUUUGCCACUCUUUCUGGGAGCUGGAGGCGGCCAUCUCCCGCGGCGAGCUCGACCAGUCGUCAGACCCGGUGCUGGUGGUGGGGGCGGGGCUUACUGCGGCCGACGCGGUACUGGCCGCCCACCAUCUCAACACGCCCGUCUACCACGCCUUCAGGCGCUCGGUGACCGACCCCGGCCUCAUCUUCAACCAGCUGCCCAAACUGCUCUACCCAGAGUACCACAAGGUUCACCAGAUGAUGAUUCAGCAGCAGUACCAGCCGGACCCGCCACCACAGAACCACGCCCAGAACCUCCAUGACCCCUCCACUCCUUUCUCCCUCCCUCCCUCCUCCUCCAACACCUCUUCAUCCCCCUCUUCCUACCCGGGUUACCUGAGCUUCCCACGCUACAAGGUGGUGGCGUUCCGACCCGACCGGAAGUGCGUUCUGGAGUCAGACUCUGGCCAGCGCACGGUAGUCCAGAUCUCAAAGGCGCUGGUUCUGAUCGGCGCCCACCCCAACCUUUCCUUUCUGGCCGACAAUGGCCGCCCACUUGGUCUCAUCCCCAAGGAGCCGAUCACGUGCAGGAGGAAUCCGGUUGAGGUGGACCCAUUCACGAACAAGGUGGUCGGGGCAGACGGGCCGGGCAUGUACGCCAUGGGGCCGUUAGUCGGCGAGAACUUUGUCAGGUUCCUGAAAGGAGGGGCGCUGGCUAUCGCUAGCGACCUCGCCAAGACUCUGAGGGAGGGACAUUUGACCACGGACAGAUUAAUGGACCGAUGGGUGGACAGACAGGUGACCACACAGACACAAGCAGAGGUUUGUGUUCUGGAUUCGUAGCAGGUUUCCUGGGAUCAAGCAAACUGAACCAUUCUGAUCUGAUCCGAGCUGAUCGAUCGACACAAAACAGGAACUGCUGCAAGCAAAAGCCACAGUUUUU